AAAGUUCUUGUAACACUGAGUCAAAGAAAUGGAAGAAGUGUUUUCUCUUGUCCUGUGCUUAUGUUUGCUAGUGGCGACCUCAGACGCGAGUGGAGACAAGCCUAGACUGGUCUUCAAUAGUGAGGGAGAGUUCAAGCUCUCUGUGUUCGCUGAUUUGCAUUAUGGAGAAGCUGAGAACAAGACUUGGGGACCCCAACAAGAUGUGAAUUCUACGAUUGUGAUGGAGAAAAUGUUGUUCAUGGAGAGCCCACAUUUUGUCGUCUAUUUGGGAGAUCAGAUAACGGGUGAGAACAUUGGUAGCAAUGCGACUGUGUACUGGUCCAAGGUGGUGCAGCCAUGUGUCAUUACCUCAACCAGAUGGGCCACCAUAUUUGGUAACCAUGAUGAUUUAAGUGCGUCCGGUGGUACAAGAAAAGACCUUCUGUCGGUUGAUACGAAAUAUACACUCUCCUAUUCUCAGUUUGGGCCGCUGAACCUUCAUGGACUUACAAACUACUAUCUCCUAAUCUUCAGCACAGAAACAGCCAAGACGCCGUCCUGGAUACUGUACAUGCUCGACAGUGGAGGAGGGAGUUACCAGGAGCUGGUGUAUGACGAUCAAAUCGAAUGGGUUGUGGAUACGUCCAGUGAACUAACUGCCAAAUAUGGAGACAUUCCUGCUAUUGCCUUUUCCCACAUUCCAAGCACUGGAUACCAGAAGGAUACUCUCCUAACUUGUGUCAAGGCACUGCCAAUGAUACCAUCUCUCCACAAACACAGGCAAACAAGUUGAUAUCGACUCUGUUCACUCAGGCCAAUGUACGCAUGACUGUGGUGGGUCAUAACCAUGGCAACGAUUGGUGCUGUCCCGUACUAGGCUCUGAUCACAUGAUCUGCUACGCCAGACACACUGGCUAUGGGGGCUAUGGAACUUGGAUGAGGGGAUCGCGUGUGUUGGUACUCAAGGAGCAGGGACAGUACAGCACUUACGUCAGAAUGGAAGAUGGCAGGGUCAUCUAAUUCAGAAUGACUGUUAGCUACACUUAUAAAUUUUCUGUAAAAAGUACAUAAUCU